GCGCGCGGCGGGCGCGCAGUGCAGGCUGAGGCGCCGCGCCCUGGAGGCUGCCGCUCCCGCCCGCCGCCCGCCGCCGCUCCGCACCGGGCACCAGUCGACGCGCCGCGGGCCAUGGACCUGCCCAGGGGCCUCCUGGUGGCCUGGACGCUCAGCCUAUGGCCAGGGUUCACGGACACGUUCAACAUGGACACCCGGAAGCCACGGGUCAUCCCUGGCCCCAGGGCUGCCUUCUUCGGCUACACGGUGCAGCAGCAUGACAUCAGUGGCAAGAAGUGGCUCGUCGUGGGUGCUCCACUGGAAACCAACAGCCAGCAGAAGACAGGGGACGUGUACAAGUGUCCAGUGACCCACGGGAACUGCACCAAGCUCAACCUAGGAAGAGUCACCCUAUCCAACGUGUCCGAGCGGAAGGACAACAUGCGCCUUGGCCUGAGCCUGGCCACCAACCCCAAGGACAACAGCUUCUUGGCCUGCAGCCCCCUCUGGUCCCACGAGUGUGGGAGCUCCUACUACACCACAGGGAUGUGUUCUCGAGUCAACUCCAACUUCCGAUUCUCCAAGACCGUGGCACCAGCUCUCCAAAGGUGCCAGACCUACAUGGACAUCGUUAUCGUCCUGGAUGGCUCCAACAGCAUCUACCCCUGGGUGGAGGUUCAGCACUUCCUCAUCAACAUCCUAAAGAAGUUUUACAUCGGCCCUGGCCAGAUCCAGGUGGGAGUUGUUCAGUACGGAGAAGACGCGGUGCAUGAAUUCCACCUCAACGACUACAAGUCGGUAAGAGACGUGGUGGAAGCCGCCAGCCACAUCGAGCAGAGAGGAGGGACAGAGACCCGGACGGCAUUUGGCAUUGAAUUUGCUCGCUCAGAAGCUUUCCAGAAGGGUGGAAGGAAAGGGGCCAAGAAGGUGAUGAUUGUCAUCACAGACGGGGAGUCCCACGACAGCCCAGACCUGGAGAAGGUGAUCCAGCAAAGCGAGAGGGACAACGUGACCAGAUACGCUGUGGCCGUCCUGGGCUACUACAACCGCAGGGGGAUCAACCCAGAAACUUUUCUAAAUGAAAUCAAAUACAUCGCCAGUGACCCCGAUGACAAGCACUUCUUCAACGUGACCGAUGAGGCAGCCCUGAAGGACAUCGUCGAUGCCCUGGGAGACAGGAUCUUCAGUUUGGAAGGCACCAACAAGAACGAAACCUCCUUCGGGCUGGAGAUGUCACAGACGGGCUUCUCAUCUCACGUGGUGGAGGAUGGGGUUCUGCUGGGAGCCGUCGGUGCCUAUGACUGGAAUGGAGCCGUGCUGAAGGAGACCAGCAGUGGGAAGGUCAUCCCUCUCCGGGAGUCCUACCUGGAGGAGUUCCCUGAGGAGCUCAAGAACCACGGCGCGUAUCUGGGGUACACAGUCACAUCGGUCGUGUCCUCCAGGCAGGGGCGAGUGUACGUGGCCGGAGCCCCCCGGUUCAACCACACGGGCAAAGCCAUCCUGUUCACCAUGCACAACAACCGGAGUCUCACCAUCCACCAGGCCCUGCAGGGCGAGCAGAUAGGCUCUUACUACGGGAGUGAGAUCACCUCGGUGGACGUCGAUGGGGACGGCGUGACCGACGUCCUGCUGGUGGGCGCGCCCAUGUACUUCAGCGAGGGCCGCGAGCGAGGCAGGGUGUACGUCUACAACCUGAGACAGAACCGGUUUGUCUACAACGGAACACUGAAGGAUUCCCACAGUUACCAGAAUGCCCGAUUCGGGUCCUCCAUCGUCUCGGUGCAGGAUCUCAAUCAAGAUUCCUACAACGACGUGGUGGUGGGAGCGCCUUUGGAGGACAACCACCAAGGGGCCGUCUACAUCUUCCAUGGCCUCCAGGGCAGCCUUCUCAAGACGCCAAAGCAGAGAAUCGCCGCCUCAGAGCUGGCUCCCGACCUCCAGUAUUUUGGCUGCAGCCUCCAUGGGCAACUGGACCUCAACGAGGAUGGGCUCGUCGACCUGGCGGUGGGCGGCCUUGGCAACGCUGUGAUUUUGUGGUCCCGCCCUGUGGUUCAGAUCAAUGCCAGCCUCCGCUUUGAGCCGGCCAAGAUCAACAUCUUCCACCGGGACUGCAAACGCAGCGGCAGAGACGCCACCUGCCUGGCCGCCUUCCUCUGCUUCACACCCGUCUUCCUGGCACCCCAUUUCCAAACAGCAACAGUAUCAGGUUACAAUGCCACCAUGGACGAGAGGCGGUACACGCCACGAGCCCACCUGGAUGAGGGUGGGGACCGAUACACAAACAGGGCUGUUCUGCUCUCCUCCAGCCAGGAACACUGUGAUCGGAUCACCUUCCAUGUCCUGGACACCGCUGACUACGUGAAGCCAGUGACCUUCUCAGUCGAGUAUUCCUUGCAGGACCCCGACCACGGCCCCAUGCUGGACGACGGCUGGCCCACUACCCUCAGAGUCUCGGUCCCCUUCUGGAAUGGCUGCAAUGAGGACGAGCACUGCGUCCCUGACCUCCUGCUGGAUGCCCGCAGUGACCUGCCCACAGCCAUGGAGUACUGCCAGAGGGUGCUGAGGAAGCCUGCCCAGGACUGCUCCGCGUACACGCUGUCCUUCGACACCACGGUUUUCAUCAUAGAGAGCACGCGCCGGCGGGUGGCCGUGGAGGCCCUGCUGGAGAACAGGGGUGAAAAUGCCUACAGCACGGUCCUAAAUAUUUCACAGUCAGCAAACUUGCAGUUUGCCAGCUUGAUCCAGAAGGACGACUCCGACGGCAGCAUCGAUUGCGUGAACGAGGAGAGGAGACUCCACAAGAAAGUCUGCAAUGUCAGCUACCCCUUCUUCCGGGCUAAGGCCAAGGUGGUUUUCCGUCUGGAUUUUGAGUUCAGCAAGUCUGUCUUCCUGCACCACCUGGAGAUCCAGCUCACAGCGGGCAGUGACAGCGAUGAGGAGGACAGCACCAAGGAAGACAACACGGCCCUCCUGCGCUUCCAUCUCAAAUAUGAGACUGACAUCCUCUUCACCAGGAGCAGCAGCCUCAGCCACUACGAGGUCAAGCCCAACAGCUCCCUGGAGAGAUAUGAUGGCAUCGGACCCCCCUUCGACUGCAUUUUCAGGGUAAGAUCCAAAACCUGGUUUGUUCCCAUCCACGGAGUCAUGAUGAAGAUCACCUUGCCCAUCGCCACCAGGGGUGGCAACCGCCUGCUGAUGCUGAGGGACUUCCUCACUGACCAGGUGAACACAUCCUGUAACGUCUGGGGAAACAGCACUGAGUACCGGCGGUCCCCGCUGGAGGAAGACUUGAGUCGUGCCCCACAGCUGAAUCAUAGCAACUCCGAUUUGUCAUGUCGUCUCCAUCAGCGGACAAUGUGAGGCUGGCCCCCAAACCAUGGAAAUCAGUUCCAACUGCUGGGGAACCUGUGGUUGCGGUCCCUAAAAGCACUCAAGUACAAGUGGAUGAAAAUCACGGUCAACGCAGUCUUGCAGAGACAGUUCCACAGUCCUUUCAUCUUCCGAGAGGAGGACCCCAGCCGCCAGAUCACCUUUGAGAUCUCCAAGCAAGAAGGCUCACAGAUCCCCAUCUGGAUCAUUGUGGGCAGCACACUGGGGGGCCUCCUACUGCUGGCCCUGCUGGUCCUGGUGCUGUGGAAGCUCGGCUUCUUUAAAAGUGCCAAGCGCAGGCGGGAACCCAGCCUGGACCCUACCUCCAAAGCGCUGGAGUGAGACUCCUGAGGAGGCUGCAAGUUGAUGGGGGCCAGGUCCAGGUGGCACACAGGCCCAGGCCAGUGGCCCCACCCAGCUGGGGCAGAGAGGAUGCCAGCCCGCUUUGCACUCGACCUCAUCUGAGAAACCGAGCCUGCUCCCUCUGAAGGGAACUCAAGCCGGAUUUAAGAGGGACUGUCCUACUGGGAAACCGAGACACCUCCAAACUAAGAUCCCUAGGGAUAUAAAGGGACCCCUUCCAAGGCACACCCAAAGCCUCUCCCAGGCUCUGUAGGGGCAUUUGCUACCCCCACCACUAAGGUGCUAGGAAUUCCCAAUCAUCCCCAUCCUCAGAUGAAACCCAGAGGAAGACUGCAAAUGCAGACCCACUCUGCACAUGCCAGGCCUCUAGUUCCCAUAGGACCCCGUGGACAGCAGAUUUGAAUUCUGUCUGCACUGCCCUCCCACCCCCCGACGCUGCUGAGGGCUCCGGAGUCACGCCUAACCCUUCCCCAAGCAGGGGAUGGGUCCCUGGAGCCCAAGAGCUUGAUGGUGAGAGCUGCUGCCCAGGGAUGAAAAAAGACUCUGGGACGUGGAGACUGUGACGGACGGGCAGCUGGGACCCGGGAAACGGGUCGCCCACCCAGAGAUGGGGAGGCACUCCCAAAUGCUCACACUGACUGUCACCCACACUCCCCCACCGCGCUUGCGGCCCGCCCCGCCCCCUCAGCUGCAUCUCCCCUCCACCGGCCGCUUUUGUUCCCCGUACAUCCGGAAGCGUGUGGAUGACGCAAUCCCCGAUGGAUCAACAUUCCCUUCGGCCUUGCCUUGCAGCCAGCCCCACGCCGACGCAAGGGUGAGGGUGGGGGGUCUCCCCCCCCCCCCCCCACACACACACAACCUCCCAUCUCUCCCUUCCAUUCACCUGUGCACAGGAAAAGGGUUCGGCCCGCGCUGCUGAGGGGUCCUCUCUGGAAUGCACUGAAUAAGGCCGGUGCAGGGACACCCCUCGGUGGCAAAUAUCUGAUCCGCCCGCCCUUGGGACAAGUGGUACUACCAAUGAUGGCACAGGACAAGAGGCACGCCUGGUGCCCAAGCCUCGUAAUUUAUGCCCUAACCUUGUUUUGAGGUAGGAAUGAAAGGGGAUACGUCAAAGGCAUCUGUCCCCCGUUACAUAGUACGACCUUUACUGUCGUAAAUAUUUUAAGAAAUUAAGAAAAAAAUACAGUGUUUAAAAACAAACAAGGCGCUGACUUCCCUUUUCUGUGGGCAGAGCAUAGCCUAGCUGGUGCACUCUCUUCUUUGAAAAAGAGGAAAUGGAUGGGGAAAAAGGCUCCCUGCUUCCUGCCUUUAUCUGUAGGUGCUGGGGACGGACUUGUCCACUACGUGCUCCCUGCAGCAUCCUCUCCCAGCCGCUACUUGGUCUGGGACCAGGACUUCAAGCCCUUGGGACCUCCCUCCCAAGCCCAGCCAUUCCCGUCUCUGGCCAGUCAGAUGGCUGGAACCCCAGUGUCACUGUAGCGUCUGCCCCUUGUUCCAGCUCUCCCCUCAGGCCUCCCUGACUUCUCCAAACGAGCGUUUCAGUGCUAUCUCACACCCUGGAGUCUCUUCACCUCCACAUGCUGUCUGCUCUUAGACCACACUGCCUCCCUUAUGUUAGUGUGCCAUUGCAACCCCAAGGACCAGAAGUAGAACCACAGAAAUUAUGUCAUCUUGUUUGCCCACAGAUGAGGACCCUCAGAUCCAGAGAAAGUAAGAGGAAGCCCUGGGUUCCACAGCACAGCCAAGGCUAAUUAACCCCAGGUCAGCUCUCCUCACAACACACGGUCCUUCCAGCCCAGGUCAGAAGGGCUUAGUGAAGGAGCAAAGGAAAUUUAUAUAAAAUAACUCUUUAUGGGAAUUUUUUUCUCAAAUGGUGAAACAAAAUCAGGAGGCAUUUUAAAGUCAUAUUUCAUUUGUCAUCACCUCUGUGAAUGGAGCAACCUUGCUGAAAAAUCAAUGAACCCACACUCAAGUGUUUUGUUUGAUGAAGCGCUAAUUCUCCUGUCAAAAAAUCAUCAAUUCUGGGGAUGCCUUCUGUGGAAACCUGACUUUGAGAUUAGAAUCCCCAAAUUUUUUUAUUACCGUGCAACCACACUGCAGGCCCAACAUGUAUCUGCCGGUCAGAUGCAGCCCAGAGGUCUCUGAAUUGCAACCUGUGGACUCAAGAGGCGGCCUUUCCCUGGGGCUCCACAGUCCCUUCUUGCCCCACCCCUCCCCACCAAGAUCAACUAAGUGCUGAAAAGAUGGAAAAUGGGAGGCUUGUAUCUUCGAGCCCUUUGCAUUGUGUCUAUUUCUCGUAUCAAUUUUCCUUUCCAAAUAUAUUUGCUCUGGGUGUAAACACCCAAGACUGGCCUUAAGAGUGCCUGGUGGGGCAAGCAGAGAAGACAUCUUCAUGAGUAGCAAAAAGCCUCAUGCUAGAGCAGUUUCCUCAGGCCUGGCUGCCUAUUAGAAUUGCCUAGGAGCUUUGAAAGCUAUCUAUGCAAAGGUUCAGCCCAGGGAUGGAGAUUUAAUUAGUUGAGAGAGAUCAAAGUUCCCCUGGUGCUGACGCUGAGGUUAACAGGCAAGUGAACACAGAGGCUAGAAAACAAACAAGGGGUUAACAGGCACCAAUGACCUUCUACAAUGAGUAAUGGGAACUGUGCUCUCAUGGUGAUGUUGUUCAAAUUAGCUCCAGCCUGGAGUUUAGAAGACACUCUCAACCCAGCAAGUCUCCAGAGCGGGAUUUGCUGCAGAUUUUUGCUGUUGUCUGGGAUGAAAGAUGAACAGCAAUUUUGGCAUUUAGUGGCACGCAACCCAAAACACAACCUCUAAUCAACAUUAAACUUCAUAUUGUGGUUCACAGAUGGACAUUAUUAGCAACGUUCUAUCUAGUAGAAUGAUUAUUUAUGAUGGAGUGAAGGGCUGAACUCAAGAGUGUUAACAUGAAGUGUAUCUUAAAAAUGGUCCAGUCUUUUUAAAGCAUCACUGACUUAUCCUAGACACCACUCUGAACAAACUGCUCUGACCUCCAGGUACCCAGGUGAUAGAUAUUUAAGCAAGUCUGCAACAAACAAGUGCAUGGGAGAAAAACAUGCCCGGGGCAAGGUCUGGCUCUUGUAAACCAAGUUAUUAACAGAAGGUGGUUUUAGAUUUGGUCCAUGGAUUGUGGGAAUUUUUGAAGUUCUAGGCUCGCUGUCCAACAAGAAGUUAUGAUAUGAGAUGUGCAGUGCUCUGGGUGGUUUCACUGUCGACUCUGACAGGGGAGAGCUCGUGUGGGAUGGGACAGGCCUCGGAGAAGAUACAGAAGCGAAGGUACAAUCCGCAGGUAGAUUCGAGAGGAGCCUCGGGCCCUUAUGCCAUCAGUGUUCUGCAGGGAACUGGACACGGAUUAUGUUGUCAGCUCCGGCCAGCUGAGAGCUGGAAAGGAGAAAUCCAGCGUGAGUGCUGCUUCUCUCUAGCAUUAGAUGGUGUGGGCAUGCAAGCGCGGAGGGCAAACUGUGCUUCUUAAAGUCGAUUAUGUAUCCAGAGCUGAGCUUCUCUAAGUGGGGUCCCAGAGCCACCUCAGAAUGACAAAGUUCCACCCAGAUCUCCCAAAUCUGGUAUCUAUGAGGUAAUUUCAAGCACAUUAAAACUUAAGAGAACCAGGGAUCUAGACCCAUGCAAGUCUGUUACUCUCUGUCAGUGUCAGUUUCUGAAACAGUGCA